AUGAAGACCACAAAAAAAUCGUCACAACUACAAUUUGAAACACUCAGACGUUUUGUUAAUGCCAAAGACGUUAUUGGGUAUUUAGAACAGAUCCUUUGCAAAGGUAUACCAAUACCACAGAUUAACUGUGAAAUCGCCAUACCAUUCGAACAUACACGUGAAGCCACAUUGGCUAUCAAGUCAUGGGCUGAUGUGCACAAGAAAUACCUUCACUAUCCAUUCAUCUAUCGAGCGACAGGACAAUCAAAGGCAUGGCUAAAUCCAGCCUACAAAGGUCCCGUUUGUUAUAUUGGCUUUCUCGUCUAUGUGGCUGAAGAUGGUAGUGUACGAGAUGAUGGCAUGGCGACCAUGCACGAGCUGCAAAUGAUACUUGCUCCGUUCGGUGGCAUACCUCAUUGGGGAAAACAUUUUCAACCGGACAUCUACAAUUUUGAACGUCUUAUACCCAAGUGGAAAGAUUUUCUUGAUUUACGUGCACAACUCGAUCCGAACAGGAAGAUAUUGAGUGCUUUUCUCGAAAGUGUCUUUAAACUAACUGAUGCUCACUAUGAUGACUAA